AUGACAGGAGUUCUGAAGACCACCCUGAAGAAGAAACUGUCAGGAGAUGUGGUCAACUUGUCAGGCAUCCCACUGUCUGGCCGAGACGUCCACCGUGUGGCCUUUUACCUCCAGAGCAGCAGUGACGCGGUGUCGGCCGUGGACCUGAGCUUCACCGAGCUGCAGGAUGAGAGCUUACGGCUGCUGCUGCCUUACCUCAGCUGCCUGCCAAAACUCACCAUACUCGCAGUCAAUGGCAACCGCCUGACAGUGGCCAUCCUGAAGGACCUGACAGACACUGUAAAAGAUCCCAAGAAGUUCCCCAGCCUGGCCUGGAUUGACCUGGGCAACAAUGUUGAUAUCUUCACCGUGCCACAGCCGCUUCUCGUGGCCCUUCGGCGGCGCUUCGGCUUGCGCAGCAGCCUCCCCACCAUUUAUGAGUACAGUGAGGCGCAGGCAUUCGGUCGCUACAACCCAAACAUGGAGACCUCCGUGGAGGAGCCCAGUCUCUACGAGGAGGGAGAUGUAGAGGAUGAUGAUAGAGAGGAGGAGGAGGACAGGCUGGAGCUUCAAGCCUGGGGCUUUGGAGAAGAAAACAUGUCAAAAAAUGUGCCGCUGCACCUCUGUGGGAGGUGAUCGCCCCGAGCUGCUUUCUUUUAAACUGGCAGCCCCUUAUAUCCCUCUGUACCACCUCACCCUGAGCCUAGCCUCCUGUGUUAGCAGGUGUCAUUGUGGCAGAAGAUGCUCACAGUGACCCACAUGUUUCUGAAAAUAACUUUCAAAUAAGUAACUGUGUUGUGUUUCCCUCUGGAUGCUCUGUCUGCUGAAACCCAGCAAUGCAGUGCAGACAUCUCAGUGUUUGUACAGACAAUAAGAAUAUAUUUAUAUGGAUUGAUUUCACCCUCAUGUAUCCAAGAGAAGCUAAACUGAACUCAACAGGCUUGCUGUUUUCAGGUGCUUUAUGUCCCUAAAGUUUUGUGCUCUCACACCUCGAUGUUUCCUGUUAUCUGCCACUGUCCAUUGGAGCAGCUGGGGGUUAAGUGCCUUGCACAAGGGCACCUCAGCAGUAGCUGUUGAGGACUAGAUGAGCGCUACUAAUUCCCAUUCCCCGCACACUAUUUUUUUCUAGCUAGUUUGGCCUCUCUGACAACUUUGCCUCUGCUGCCCCCGUUUCUGUGAGAAGUCUGAAUAAAGCAAAGUAACUAAAUGUCCUACUUAAGAAAUCAAUUGGUUUAAUUUCAACUGAUGCUCUUGCCAUGGUAUUUAUAUUUUUAGUAAGAGCUCAGCUGCAGUGAGAUUGUGUUCACAUAAAAUACACUUCCAGUGUUUUUUUCUGUUGGGUCACAGCACUCAUUCAGUUAUUUUUUAAAUAAAUCACGACUUAGUAUAAAUAAAUGAAACGUGCUGAAUCCAUUUUUAUUUAUAUUCCAGCCACUGGUCCUUCAGCACAUGUUGAUCUACCAAUGCUGCAGCUGAAUUGAGAGAAGCCCCAGUCUGAUACACACAUGCAGACAUGCAGAUGACACACACGCAGCGUUUGGUCGUGAGCUGCCGAUGAACUGAUUACUGCCUCUAUCGGGUCUCGUCAGGCCCCUCCAGUCACAGAUGGCGAGCAGGAGAUCUUUUUUUUUCCAACUAAAUAGGACUAGCCCCAGAUAAUUUUGUCCACUGGUGGUUCAUGAGCGAUUCUAUUUAUGAAUCACACCAUAAGCAAACCAGAGAGAUGCCUGCUCUGUUUUUAAAGGCAUACACAGAAUUGGCAUCACAAACAGCUCUGCUUCUGUCUUCUUCCUCUGUGGUGCUACAGUCUGCACAUAAAUCUUUGUUGUGGCAUGAAUAAACUGCAUCGUUUUUUUGUUUUGUUUUGUUUUUUUAGAUGUGUAGUUGUCAUCUUUUUGUUUUGUUUUUAAAAAUGGGCAUGACUGUUCACUGUAGCACAACAUCAGACUCCAUAGAGAAAUGUAUGUAAAUGUAUGUAAUGUAUGUACAUUGAUAUCCCAAUAAAUUUUAGAUUCUUUUUGUGGGUGGGUUGGAUAAAAAAUGCAACAUGUCAACACAACUCUACAAGAGCCCACACUUUCACUGUCCUGCCUACAGAUGUUAAUGUGUUCUCUUUCCAUGCUAUUAUUCAGGAAAAUCUGUUUAUUUGUGUUUACAGGGAUAUUAAUGAACAGGAUGCUUGGUUUGUGUGUGUGUGUGUGUGUGUGUGUAUGAGAGCAUAAUUAGAGUGUGAGCCUGUGUGCAUGAGUGUGUUCUGGACAUGCAGAGUAAAUUACUACCUUUGAUCAUAGAAAUGAAAUGUUUACUCAUUUGCACUUUAAGGACAGCUCCGUCCCUGAAUACACAAGCUUUGUUUUUCUGUGUUGUUGUUGACAUAAAAAGCAUACUGAGUCAUUCACAUCCUAAAGUAAAUGUUUAAGUUAUUGAUAACUCAUCAGCCUUGAUACAAAUUACUGUCAUGAUAACAUUCAUUUGUAAAUUUAUUUAAUUUCACCCCCAUGGCUCAUUAAAUUAUGGCUCGCUUUUAAAAUAAAAGUGAUGUUUGCCUGCCGUUGCUUAUGAAAUAAACACGAUUUGUUUGCCUUUUGUGGA